GGGAGACGGAAGCCGAGUCGGCAGUCGAAGUGUUCGGUGAGACAUUGGGGCAAGUUGAAGCGGACGCAGAAAGUGAAGCGGUAGAACAGGUUGAAUCGGAACGUGUGUCUGUGUUCGCUCCAGUCGAAUUGGAGUCUGAGGCGCUUGCAGAGACUGCAGCACAACCGGAACGGGAACGAUUGGUUGAGCGUGUCGGUGAGAUGGAGGCGGAAUAUGGUGAAGUUGGUGAAGGCGUAUUUGAAGGGGAGACGGAAGCCGAGUCGGCAGUCGAAGUGUUCGGUGAGACAUUGGGGCAAGUUGAAGCGGACGCAGAAAGUGAAGCGGUAGAACAGGUUGAAUCGGAACGUGUGUCUGUGUUCGCUCCAGUCGAAUUGGAGUCUGAGGCGCUUGCAGAGACUGCAGCACAACCGGAACGGGAACGAUUGGUUGAGCGUGUCGGUGAGAUGGAGGCGGAAUAUGGUGAAGUUGGUGAAGGCGUAUUUGAAGGGGAGACGGAAGCCGAGUCGGCAGUCGAAGUGUUCGGUGAGACAUUGGGGCAAGUUGAAGCGGACGCAGAAAGUGAAGCGGUAGAACAGGUUGAAUCGGAACGUGUGUCUGUGUUCGCUCCAGUCGAAUUGGAGUCUGAGGCGCUUGCAGAGACUGCAGCACAACCGGAACGGGAACGAUUGGUUGAGCGUGUCGGUGAGAUGGAGGCGGAAUAUGGUGAAGUUGGUGAAGGCGUAUUUGAAGGGGAGACGGAAGCCGAGUCGGCAGUCGAAGUGUUCGGUGAGACAUUGGGGCAAGUUGAAGCGGACGCAGAAAGUGAAGCGGUAGAACAGGUUGAAUCGGAACGUGUGUCUGUGUUCGCUCCAGUCGAAUUGGAGUCUGAGGCGCUUGCAGAGACUGCAGCACAACCGGAACGGGAACGAUUGGUUGAGCGUGUCGGUGAGAUGGAGGCGGAAUAUGGUGAAGUUGGUGAAGGCGUAUUUGAAGGGGAGACGGAAGCCGAGUCGGCAGUCGAAGUGUUCGGUGAGACAUUGGGGCAAGUUGAAGCGGACGCAGAAAGUGAAGCGGUAGAACAGGUUGAAUCGGAACGUGUGUCUGUGUUCGCUCCAGUCGAAUUGGAGUCUGAGGCGCUUGCAGAGACUGCAGCACAACCGGAACGGGAACGAUUGGUUGAGCGUGUCGGUGAGAUGGAGGCGGAAUAUGGUGAAGUUGGUGAAGGCGUAUUUGAAGGGGAGACGGAAGCCGAGUCGGCAGUCGAAGUGUUCGGUGAGACAUUGGGGCAAGUUGAAGCGGACGCAGAAAGUGAAGCGGUAGAACAGGUUGAAUCGGAACGUGUGUCUGUGUUCGCUCCAGUCGAAUUGGAGUCUGAGGCGCUUGCAGAGACUGCAGCACAACCGGAACGGGAACGAUUGGUUGAGCGUGUCGGUGAGAUGGAGGCGGAAUAUGGUGAAGUUGGUGAAGGCGUAUUUGAAGGGGAGACGGAAGCCGAGUCGGCAGUCGAAGUGUUCGGUGAGACAUUGGGGCAAGUUGAAGCGGACGCAGAAAGUGAAGCGGUAGAAACAGGUUGAAUCGGAACGUGUGUCUGUGUUCGCUCCAGUCGAAUUGGAGUCUGAGGCGCUUGCAGAGACUGCAGCACAACCGGAACGGGAACGAUUGGUUGAGCGUGUCGGUGAGAUGGAGGCGGAAUAUGGUGAAGUUGGUGAAGGCGUAUUUGAAGGGGAGACGGAAGCCGAGUCGGCAGUCGAAGUGUUCGGUGAGACAUUGGGGCAAGUUGAAGCGGACGCAGAAAGUGAAGCGGUAGAACAGGUUGAAUCGGAACGUGUGUCUGUGUUCGCCCCAGUCGAAUUGGAGUCUGAGGCGCUUGCAGAGACUGCAGCACAACCGGAACGGGAACGAUUGGUUGAGCGUGUCGGUGAGAUGGAGGCGGAAUAUGGUGAAGUUGGUGAAGGCGUAUUUGAAGGGGAGACGGAAGCCGAGUCGGCAGUCGAAGUGUUCGGUGAGACAUUGGGGCAAGUUGAAGCGGACGCAGAAAGUGAAGCGGUAGAACAGGUUGAAUCGGAACGUGUGUCUGUGUUCGCUCCAGUCGAAUUGGAGUCUGAGGCGCUUGCAGAGACUGCAGCACAACCGGAACGGGAACGAUUGGGUGAGCGUGUCGGUGAGAUGGAGGCGGAAUAUGGUGAAGUUGGUGAAGGCGUAUUUGAAGGGGAGACGGAAGCCGAGUCGGCAGUCGAAGUGUUCGGUGAGACAUUGGGGCAAGUUGAAGCGGACGCAGAAAGUGAAGCGGUAGAACAGGUUGAAUCGGAACGUGUGUCUGUGUUCGCUCCAGUCGAAUUGGAGUCUGAGGCGCUUGCAGAGACUGCAGCACAACCGGAACGGGAACGAUUGGUUGAGCGUGUCGGUGAGAUGGAGGCGGAAUAUGGUGAAGUUGGUGAAGGCGUAUUUGAAGGGGAGACGGAAGCCGAGUCGGCAGUCGAAGUGUUCGGUGAGACAUUGGGGCAAGUUGAAGCGGACGCAGAAAGUGAAGCGGUAGAACAGGUUGAAUCGGAACGUGUGUCUGUGUUCGCUCCAGUCGAAUUGGAGUCUGAGGCGCUUGCAGAGACUGCAGCACAACCGGAACGGGAACGAUUGGUUGAGCGUGUCGGUGAGAUGGAGGCGGAAUAUGGUGAAGUUGGUGAAGGCGUAUUUGAAGGGGAGACGGAAGCCGAGUCGGCAGUCGAAGUGUUCGGUGAGACAUUGGGGCAAGUUGAAGCGGACGCAGAAAGUGAAGCGGUAGAACAGGUUGAAUCGGAACGUGUGUCUGUGUUCGCUCCAGUCGAAUUGGAGUCUGAGGCGCUUGCAGAGACUGCAGCACAACCGGAACGGGAACGAUUGGUUGAGCGUGUCGGUGAGAUGGAGGCGGAAUAUGGUGAAGUUGGUGAAGGCGUAUUUGAAGGGGAGACGGAAGCCGAGUCGGCAGUCGAAGUGUUCGGUGAGACAUUGGGGCAAGUUGAAGCGGACGCAGAAAGUGAAGCGGUAGAACAGGUUGAAUCGGAACGUGUGUCUGUGUUCGCUCCAGUCGAAUUGGAGUCUGAGGCGCUUGCAGAGACUGCAGCACAACCGGAACGGGAACGAUUGGUUGAGCGUGUCGGUGAGAUGGAGGCGGAAUAUGGUGAAGUUGGUGAAGGCGUAUUUGAAGGGGAGACGGAAGCCGAGUCGGCAGUCGAAGUGUUCGGUGAGACAUUGGGGCAAGUUGAAGCGGACGCAGAAAGUGAAGCGGUAGAACAGGUUGAAUCGGAACGUGUGUCUGUGUUCGCUCCAGUCGAAUUGGAGUCUGAGGCGCUUGCAGAGACUGCAGCACAACCGGAACGGGAACGAUUGGUUGAGCGUGUCGGUGAGAUGGAGGCGGAAUAUGGUGAAGUUGGUGAAGGCGUAUUUGAAGGGGAGACGGAAGCCGAGUCGGCAGUCGAAGUGUUCGGUGAGACAUUGGGGCAAGUUGAAGCGGACGCAGAAAGUGAAGCGGUAGAACAGGUUGAAUCGGAACGUGUGUCUGUGUUCGCUCCAGUCGAAUUGGAGUCUGAGGCGCUUGCAGAGACUGCAGCACAACCGGAACGGGAACGAUUGGUUGAGCGUGUCGGUGAGAUGGAGGCGGAAUAUGGUGAAGUUGGUGAAGGCGUAUUUGAAGGGGAGACGGAAGCCGAGUCGGCAGUCGAAGUGUUCGGUGAGACAUUGGGGCAAGUUGAAGCGGACGCAGAAAGUGAAGCGGUAGAACAGGUUGAAUCGGAACGUGUGUCUGUGUUCGCUCCAGUCGAAUUGGAGUCUGAGGCGCUUGCAGAGACUGCAGCACAACCGGAACGGGAACGAUUGGUUGAGCGUGUCGGUGAGAUGGAGGCGGAAUAUGGUGAAGUUGGUGAAGGCGUAUUUGAAGGGGAGACGGAAGCCGAGUCGGCAGUCGAAGUGUUCGGUGAGACAUUGGGGCAAGUUGAAGCGGACGCAGAAAGUGAAGCGGUAGAACAGGUUGAAUCGGAACGUGUGUCUGUGUUCGCUCCAGUCGAAUUGGAGUCUGAGGCGCUUGCAGAGACUGCAGCACAACCGGAACGGGAACGAUUGGUUGAGCGUGUCGGUGAGAUGGAGGCGGAAUAUGGUGAAGUUGGUGAAGGCGUAUUUGAAGGGGAGACGGAAGCCGAGUCGGCAGUCGAAGUGUUCGGUGAGACAUUGGGGCAAGUUGAAGCGGACGCAGAAAGUGAAGCGGUAGAACAGGUUGAAUCGGAACGUGUGUCUGUGUUCGCUCCAGUCGAAUUGGAGUCUGAGGCGCUUGCAGAGACUGCAGCACAACCGGAACGGGAACGAUUGGUUGAGCGUGUCGGUGAGAUGGAGGCGGAAUAUGGUGAAGUUGGUGAAGGCGUAUUUGAAGGGGAGACGGAAGCCGAGUCGGCAGUCGAAGUGUUCGGUGAGACAUUGGGGCAAGUUGAAGCGGACGCAGAAAGUGAAGCGGUAGAACAGGUUGAAUCGGAACGUGUGUCUGUGUUCGCUCCAGUCGAAUUGGAGUCUGAGGCGCUUGCAGAGACUGCAGCACAACCGGAACGGGAACGAUUGGUUGAGCGUGUCGGUGAGAUGGAGGCGGAAUAUGGUGAAGUUGGUGAAGGCGUAUUUGAAGGGGAGACGGAAGCCGAGUCGGCAGUCGAAGUGUUCGGUGAGACAUUGGGGCAAGUUGAAGCGGACGCAGAAAGUGAAGCGGUAGAACAGGUUGAAUCGGAACGUGUGUCUGUGUUCGCUCCAGUCGAAUUGGAGUCUGAGGCGCUUGCAGAGACUGCAGCACAACCGGAACGGGAACGAUUGGUUGAUCCUCUCCCUGGGUCAGAUCUUGAUAUUUCUGAUGUUCGUUGUCUUGAAUUUUCAUCCGUAGGUUCUUUGUCUUCUUCCAGUUUUUUUGUUUGUGACUCUCUUCCUUUCGUUUCUUUGUCUGAUCCGCCUUCUAAUUUUUGUCUUGAAUCAUCCUAUGUUUUGUCAGAUGUAUGUUAUGUUACCAGUGUUUCGGAUUGUCAGCCUUCUACUACUUCUUUUGUUGUUAGUUCAUGCUCUGAACCGCCUUCUUAUUCUCGUGCUGUUACAAUUUGUCAUGGAAUUUCCUCUACACCUGUUGAUUCUUUCGUUCUGUCCAAUCUCUCUAACGAUCUGUCCUUUUCCUCUCCUUCUUCCCGUUUUGUUCAUGCUGGUGUUUCUGACUUUACUCGUAUGCCUUUAGAUUCUGUGUCUUUAUUUGAUUCUAAUGAUUCAGCGUUAGUUUCUGAAGGUUUAUUUCUUGGUCUCAGUCAAUUUGUUUCCCGUUCAACGGAAUCUUUCACUGAAAUUCCGAGCUUUGUUGUAGAAGACAGCGUCAUUUCUGUUGAUGCUCCUGACGUUUGUUUCACUACCUACUCUGGAGAAAAUUUUGGAGAGUCCUCUGAUUGUAGACAGGCUGGAAUAUCUUCAGUACACGAUAUUUCUGCGGAAUCAGUGCCUUUCUUCAUACCUGAAGCUUCAGUUCUUGCUGUAUCGGGAUAUGAAUACAAAUCAUUAGAUGAACUUGGAUCAAGCCACAGAUUACCAUCUAUUGUUCAGGACACUGCAAAUGUAGUUGAUUCGCAUGAUAUUCGGGAAGUAUCUGAGGAGGGUGUUAUUGGUAAAGAUUCUUCAAUAAGCAAUGAUCAAAUGGUUUUGCAAACUUCUGACUCAUAUCAUUCCGCUUUUCGAUGUGAUCCUGAAUAUGGCAUUUCAAAUUAUUCAAACAGCUUAAUAACUGAUGGUUUUGCUGAAAUUAUUAUCGAAGAACCAAACCAUGAUACCGAAAUUUUGUAUUCACCUAAAGAUCAAGAUGCACUAAGUCAUCAGCUUGAAUCAGGUGUGUCAUUAGUAACUGAAGCACCUACAAAGUUAGAUGUUUUAGAUAAAUCUUCGCCCUCAGGAAAAUCUGAUUUGACUUAUCUUGCAGCAGCAUCAGGAGCAAGUGUAGCUAUAGAAUUUACAGAAGAAGAAGAGGAGGAAGAUGAGUUCUCUAUGGUGUGUCCUGGUAGGAUGAAAACACUUGAACAUGGUGAUUCCAGUCAAUUAGUUCAUUCAGCUCUUGAUAGGUCUGCCAAAAUGCUUACUCGUCUUCAAACCUAUGGAUUUCGAGGGAAUUUGAUAGGUACAAACUCGCUUGGUAAUCUCAAUUGGCAUGCAUCAGAAACAAAAUUAACCACUCCAUGCAUAGAAUUCUUUGAAAAUGAUGAGAGGACUAUUUCACUAGCCCAUCAAAAUAUACCUACAUCAAAUGUACAGAUGAAUAAAGUCACAGAGCUUGAUCGUGAAGGAUUUGAGGACUUUGAUGAUGAUAGCCUUGAAGAAUUCAAUAUUCCAUUUGAAAUUUGUAAUACUUAUAACACAUCACGUGAAAUAAUUACAGAUGAAACUGAAUGUGGAAGCACUAGUCUGUUCCCGAUCCCUGAGAUUGUUGAUAAAAAUCAAAUCUUCAACUAUGACCAUGAGUUAAAAUCUGAUACAGAUUGUCAGCAAGAGCCUUUUAUUAAAAAAGAAGUAUCUGGACGUCAACAUUUACAUUCGGAACUUGUAAUCUCCUUUCAAUCCAGUUCCACUAAAAAGAUUUCAUUCAGCCCAGACCAUGAAUUACAAACAAGUUCCACUGCAGAUGAAUCUAGUCUAAGCAGUCACUCGACAAUUGUGAACGUUGGAAUAACGAAUCAAUCACCAGUUGUCCCUCAACUUAUAAGGGGAAAUCUAGUGGACGAAAAGCUAUUGUCUCAGAGUUUAUCAUCUCAGGGACAUGAUUUUGGUGUAGAUGCACCCGAUAGUAUUCAGCUACUGGAGUCAAAAACCACUCUAGCAUCUAUUGAAAGCGAUCUUGAUAUUCUUGAUGAGGAAAUAAAGCUAAAAGAUGAUAAUGCUAUGUUGCUACUUGGUCGGAGUUCGGUUCACCUAUCUAUUGUCCCUAAAAGAAAGCAAUCAAAUUUUAUAUCUAACCUAUUAGGAUCAGAGCCUGUGGUAGGAACUCCUGCAUUACGAUCAUCUACAGAUGUUAGUGACGUCCCAGUGUCGCAACCCAUCUGUACUACUGAAGGACAUAUCAAGACAACACAACGCUACUUUCAUGAACCAAUCGAGGGACAUGUCAGUUUUCCACAAAUUUCAGAGGGUUCUUGUGAUAAACAGUUAGAAUUUUCUAAUGAUCGGGCUAAAUCCUCGCCAUCCAGUAUUAAUUUGGAAAAAAGAAUAAAAACAAGUGAUGAGAACGUUACCAGUAGCUCAUUGUCCGAAUUCGAACGACUAGAAAAAGAAUUGGGUACUAGCAGUUCUACUUCUCCUAGUAGUGGCCAUAAAGGAAGUGGUGAAGAUGUCAGUUCACAUACGUCAUCACUUUCUGAGUAUCUACGUCAUGAAAAAGAAUGUGAAAGUUUCGAUGAAAUUUUGGCAUUGCCAUUUGACUCAAAAAUUAAACUAAAAUUCAACGAUUUAAUGGAUAUAAAUGGUAAACCAAAGACAGAUAUGUUAAAUUCCAAUAACCUAACACCACUCUAUGGACAAAUUUCAACGAUUUAUGAAGAUGUGGCGGAACAUCACAUAAGUUCACUCUCACAGAGUAUAGAAUCUCCAACUACUUCACUUCAUUCAGCUAAAGAUGAUGAUCAAAUAUCAUUUACAUACUCAAGUCAAAAAGAUGAAAAUAAAUCACAGACCGGUUGUUCUGAUUCCGAACUUUUAAUAAUAUGUUCGAAAAUGCUCAGUGAUCCUUUACAGGCCGAAAAAUCUAAAGGAAGUUUAACUUCUAGUUCAGAAAUAGAACCUUUGCUAGACAGGGUCGAUGAUCCACUGACAGGAGUAGAAGAAACUGAUUCACUAAUUUGUUCUUCGAUCUACGACUCUUUAGUACCUUCUGGCUAUGAAAACAGUAUAUAUGAUGGAACACCGAACAUGAAUUUAGGAGUAAAUGAUAACUGGAGAAACCGCAUAUCCCGCAGAAUAGAUUCAUUAGAUGAAAGCGAACAUGAACAACCCAGUAAAGUUACUGACUCUCUCUGCUCCCCUUCAUCGUCAGAUAUUUCAAACAGGAUAGGAGAAAACAAAUUAAGUCCUCCGGGAGAAAAUGAUCAAGGUAUAAUAGAAUUUAAUUCUGCCCAUAUAGAUAUCUUACAUCAACAAUACAUUGGAACUAUUGUAGAGAAACAGUCUUGUACUGUAUUUCCAAAUAAAUCUUAUUUUAACAAGAGGGACAGCUCUAUUACUUACGGAAAACAGCCUCAGUCAACUCAUUCUGAUGAAAAGCAAGACUCAAGUACGUCUGUGUCAGGAGUUGCACAGUUUGAAUACCUUGAUAAACCAGUACUUGGAAAUUGUAUGACAGACUCAUUAGACGACAGCGGUUCAGUUAUAGAACAACUAAGUACUAAAAUAUCUUCAACUGAAUGUUCAGCAACCACCAAGUUUGUAACAACAAGAAUACCUUCUUGUUCAUUCUCUACAGCACAAAUCCCCCUAUUCGCUACUGAAGCUAAAGCACUUAAAUACUCUAAAGUUACAAAAACACUUAAAAGUGAUGUUUCGUCAACUGUGGAAAAAGUUAUUGUUCCAACCACAUCUGGGUCAAUAGCUCUUCCAAUAAGUAGUAGUUCCUUACAAAGUACCUAUCAAGAUUGUGAAAAGUGUGAUAACAUUUUAAAAAUAGAUUUGAACCCUCAAUCGACUGUAUUCGAUACUUCAGAAGAUGAUAUUUUUGUGAAAAAACCGUUAAAUGAUCUUCAACAACUGAAUAAUCUAACGACUGAUGACGUUUCAGCUGUAGCUGUAGCUCCAAAAACGAAAGAAACCCUAAAAAUAGAUAAUAUACCGUCAGGAGAAGUUAGUGAGGCAUGUAAGCGAAUCAAAUGUAAAGAGUUCAAACAGUCGUUCAUAGUCGAAACUUCCUCCGACUUAGAUUAUGAAAUGGUCAGUAUCACUGAGAGAGAAAAGUCACCAAUAGAUUUCAUCUCAGAAAAAAUGAAGAAGGGUAAUGAGCAAGGGUGAAAAAGAAAGAAAAUAACAAUCUUAAUCUUGGUAAUUUGAAUGGGAUUGUUUGGCUUUCUUCAUAUUAUGUCAACAUAAAGCGUACCUAAUUUAUUAAUUCUGUCUUUUUAUGUCAGAUUUACAAAGCAUUUAUUUUCCUACCUACUAUUACUGUUAUGGUUACUGUGAUUAUUGUUAUUUCUUGCAUUUCCUUCCUUUAAAUUCAUUUAUAUUCAGACAUAUGCACAUUUAAAAUUCCUCACACUUAUCUGUUUAUUGACGCCUAAGAUACACAUUUUAAAUUUUUGUCUAUGAAAAUAAAGUAAAAGUAGAAAGAAGUAUAAAAUAUUGCUGGUUUGUAUAUACACAAACACAUGAACACAGUAGCACCUAACCCAAACAUAUUUAUACACAUAAAACAGCCUUUUAUGAUAUAAUGGAAUUCGCUAAGCUGAACUUCAAUGUUGGUCGACUACACUGGACUCAUAAAUCUGGAUAUGAUUGGUACCGACUGUUUAGAAGCAAUUUUUCAACGUAUAUGAAAAUCAAAGGUAUUCAUAGUUUCUUUCGUUUUUUAUUAAUAUACUUAUGCUUUAGCUGCAUUUGUAAGGCAUGUUUAUAAUUUCUGUCUCAUUAAUUUCUCAUCCGGUCUACUACCCAAACAAUGAAUAAACUAUAUUUUAUGUAAUGUAGAUAAGUUCGAAAUAUGCAUGUAAUGCAAAUCCAGUUUGACGUACGUUUAGAUUUAAUACGCAUGUUUUAAUUAAUUAAUUGAUUUACUAACCGUUGAUACCCAUCUUUUCUCAUAUUACUCCUCAGCAGACUACUCAGUGGAAACAAUAGUAGUUAAACUAAUUUUAUUCGUAACCUUAUCACAAAAUUUAUAGCAUAACUGAAGUUAUCUCAGAAGGGAAAGUAUUUCAAUAUCACAUCCAUAAUUAGUUUGAAGGUUUGUAGACUGAUUAUUUGGAACACAGUUUAUAUUAUCAGGAUUUAAAUUUGUUUUUCUUCAGUUUUAAGGUUCUUGAUAUUCUAAGCACUAAAUUUUAUCCGGGAUGCAUGACUGAGAACUUGAGAUGGAUCAAAAAAGGCUUAACAACUAAGUGAGAAUCCGUUGAUCAGCAUUUUGUGCCUGCAAUCGGUUUGUGUCAUAGCUCAUCUAACUAUAAACUUUACAAGCAAGCAGUUGUUUAUAUUCCUGAAUCUGAACUUCUGAACUUCGAAGAUUCCUGUUAUAAAAAUAUUAAAAUGACUCAGAUUUCGGUAACAAAAACUAUCUUUAGAUUAGAAUAUUGGCCUAGACGUCUAAGUGUUUCUUAUAGUUGAAUAUAAACUUAGUCAUCUUACUGUUAAGUAUUUUGUCAUUCUACUAACAACUGAUUUGUCUAUAUAAAUUUUCCAUACAGACUUUUUAGAUGUAAAUUUAACAAAAUGUAAGAGCGUUAGUUAUUUUUGAGCUUCAGUUAAUGAGUGGAUAGAGUUUUUAUCACGUUUAACCUUCAUGUUGUCACACAGGAGGUGGUUAGCUUUUUAUUGAUGCUGUAUAUGGAUUUCUUUAAUAUGUCGAAACAUUGAAUAUGUCUACAUUAAUUCAUUCUUCAAAAUAUAAUGGUCCUCUGUAAGCCUUAAACAGUUAUAUAAGGUCUUAUACCAAAUCAUCUCCUUGUCCAUAAUGUUCAGUCCUCAUAAUGUUAUUCUUGACAAUGAUGAUCUCUAAAAUACUCAAGAAAAAAUCUGUAUUUUGAAAAACAGCAUGAAAAUGAACUAAUAUUUACAGUUGAACCAAAAUUACACUAUUUAUUCCACACCCUAACAAUUUAGAAAACUAUUAAAUCUAAGUCGACUCUUGAAUUUAUUAAUUAGUCAUAGACCUCAAAUGGUCUGCAUCACUAACAAUAUUUACGUGAUAACACAAUCAGCUACAAAUCUGCUUUUUUCUACUGUCCCAAUGUAUCCGAUUGUGCAAUCAUUUGGAGACUAGGUGGCAAAUGAUAGUCUUUUCAUCCAAAUGUUUAAACUUACAUGACGAACCGUGAUGAAUGAAUCUGUUUCUACUGUCUCACUACAGUGUGUGAUAAGAAAAACUCUGGGCUAAUGAAUAAAAAACUUUUGUGUUGAUUUACUGAACUUCGUUUUGUGAUUGGAUUUUCAUUACUUUAUUUCAAAUCUUGUCUGCGUAACGUAAAAUCUACCAAUGAUGAUUGUUAACUUGGCAAGACAUUCUUGAGGAAUCUUAGUAAGAAUGUAAAUUAUUUUUACGCACAAAAGUAGCUUUACUGGGAAACUAAACAUUCACUCUAACGAAUGAGUGGAUAUUCUACUAAAAUAAGAAUUGCUUUUGAAGAUGAGCCCUCAUUUUUAACACUCGAUUAAAAACACAUAAAAGCUUCUUAUCCCCAUAUUUUACAUAUUCAUUUUAAGAGUUUGACUAAGCAAACAUAAAAAUAACUAAUUAGGUUUUCAGGAGGCUCUCGUGUAAAUAUUAAAAGUAAAGCCAUUUGUUAUAAAAGAGAAUUUUAAUAUUACUUUCCAAUCACGUUAUAUCAGAACCAGGAUUUGCGGCCCAAAAUGGAGAACCAGAUUAACACUAUAGAAUACUUUAUUCAAUACAAUUACACACAGUGAUUCCAGGGUAGAAAUCAAUGAUAAAAAGGAAACUCACACAUUUAACAGUCCGUAAGCUGUGGCUGUUUGUUCACAUUCAACGACAAAUAAUAUUUUACUUUCAUUACCACACAUCAGAGACGAACAUCCUCACAUUUUUGAACUAGUUUAAUUUUGAUUUAAAAACCAAUAAAUAAAAAAACUUGUAUGAUCUGGUAAGAAAAAAUAUUUUGAAGUUGCUUAGUCUUCGUUUACAACCAAACAAUCCCUUUUUUCCAUGGAAUUUCACCUAUUACCGCUGUAUCACACAUAAUCAAAGAGAUAAAUUUAUUUGAGAUUUAGAGCGUUUACAUAUACCCUCGAAUCUAUAACUAAGCAUUGCUUUGUUAAGUAAUCAAUUUUUUUAAGUUCCACUUCCUGUUUUUAUUGGUUAUUUCCAGCAUUUUGAUGAAUGAUUACAGUUACAAAAUUUGCAGAAAAUUACAAGAUAUUCAAUGUCUCCAACUUCUACAAAAAAUUUGAAAAAGGUUCAAGAAAAACAGAAGCGUUACUAUGCUAUUAAAUAGUAAUAUUAAUAUUUAAAAUUCUUAGACAGUAAUACAUGUCUGUGUGUGUAUUUUUUUAAUGACUUUUGUCGAAUUCAACGGAAAAAAAACUCGUUCGUACUGUCUAACGCACAAUCUCUUAAUCACCAAACAAGCUGGUCAAAUCUCACUGAAUUCUUCAAAACUAGAGAUCACAAAACAUUUUUGUUAAAAAUAUUUCUAUAUUAACCAACUGAAAUUUGAUUCACCUCCGUUUGCAUCACAUAAUGUUGUUUAUUCCUAAAAUGUCAGUCGAUGAUGAGAGAUUUAUUUGUACUCAAAAUUUAAUCUAACGAAAACAAUCUCAUCAUUAAAAUACCUCAUUAUUCGUUGAACUUUUGAUCACGUCUUACUCUAAAACUCUGGAUAAGCUUAAUUGGAAAGUGAGCAGAAUUAACAAAAAAUCAUUAGGGUACGAGAAAACUUAAACUGCACCCAACAUCUUUACUGGACCAUCUACUCCAACGUAAUUUAACACACAACUAAACAUGACAUAAUAUGCAUGCUUUAUUUGAGUUAUGGCAUUUGCAUUCAUCUACUUCACUACCCGUUACUGCAAACACUCAUAAAGAUUGUGUUACUCUAUUUACUAUAUUUCAAGUUUUCUUGCUUUCUCAUUAUUUCCUCAUCUAAUUUGACCUUUUUACUCACUGCAUAUUAGUAUUUGUGUUCGAGUUUGAAAUAAUUUUAGUCAGAGAAUCCUAUGAAAAACCAUUUAUGCCAUCAAAAAUAUGCUUACUCAUUGUGUCAUCUGUUCCGAAGUUCUUCCGGGGAAUGUAUUUUUACACCUCGCAUUCUCGCAUCGAAUACGAAAAAGAGAAAGCCUCUUAGUUUUCCUUUUCAUAUGAAGUGAAUUUUGUCUCGAAUUCAUACUUAUUUGCAAUUUCAACUGUCCGUUUUUGUAUUUUUUCAUUUUUGAAUUUCAAUUCACUUGUCUAUUUUUCUUUCCCCAACUAUUUACGUAAAAUGCUAUUUUGCUUGCUUUUUUGAAAUUUUAUUUUUAUUUUCCUGAUUUUUAUCUAUUUUUUUUGAGGAGUGAGAUGAGAAAGAAGGGGAGAGGGAGAAAGGAAAUUAAUGAAGAAAAUAAUACAUACAGAUUACAACUGCCAUUUAUAUCCACUUCUAUGUAAGAUAUGAAUAUUAAAGUAGAUGUACUCUUUUUAUUCACAUUUCCGUCUAAAUCCGUACUUUCUCUCUCUCUCUGUCUCACUUAAAGUUUGCUCGAUUAGCUUGGAAAAAGAUUCAUGCAUAACCAUACAGAAUUUUCGAGAUAAAAAUACUUUGAUGAAUGAUCUUUUCGUGAACAACAGUGGGGUUUCGGUUUUAUUAAUAUUCAUUUUUCAUGAAUGAAAUAUGGUGAAGUGGUCAACAGUAAGACUCUGGAUGAGAUUUUUGUUCAGGCAAUUUGAUUAUCUUUCAUGUCUUUCACCCGUAUAUUCUGUCAAAUAUGAUAAUUAAUUUGCGUAAAAAUACUGCAGCAUACUAAGCUAACACCUUAAAUUUUAAUGGUUUAUUCAAAUCGUCGUGUAAGCAAAACCAAACGGAAGUGAGCCACCAAAUGAAAUACAGUGAUUAGAGUCACUUUGUAAAUGUAUGAAGAGCGAAACC